GCUGACUCCGCGAGGUGUACGAGUGCGUACAGCCGCGAGACAGCUGUUUCGCGUACAAACCCGGCGCGCAGAAGUGCGCGCGUUUUCGAGUUAUUCCGCGUGUCCACAUUCUCACGUUCCGUUCUGUUAAUGACGCGCGCGCGGCCUUUUACAUCGCACAUUCCCUACGUCGGUCCGAAAUCGCGGCUCGCGCGCCGCCACACGUGACAUUUAACACAGCAUUUAACGCACUAUGGCCUGAUAUGACUUUAAAGCGACGUGUUCGCUUCGUGAAUUUCCAAAUUUCCAUCCCAACGCUGUGAAUCGCCGCGACCCAUUUCGCCAAACGUACGGCCCUCGACAGGAUAGGAAGUCGGGACGUCGUCAGUUGCUAUCGCUCUCCCCGUUUCGAUAUUGGAGAGCAAAUUCCUCUUUUUCGAAGCGAACUAUUGCUUCUACUACUACUACUACUACUACUACUACUACUACUACUACUACUCCUACUACUGCUACUGCUACUACUAUUGCUACUACUAUUACUACCAGCACUACUAUUACUAUUCCGUCUCGUUCCGGGUCAGUUGUCGCUAAACUCGACUCGCGAAACGUCGGCACCUUCUCGUUCACAGAAACGCAUCGAUCAUAGUACGCUUCGCGUGCCGGAAAAUCACGAGAGCCGCGUGGCGCCGGCGACGCGUUUCGCGUCACGUUCGCCGUGGGAAAGUCUGUACGCGCGUUGUACGAGGAAGUUUACGUUCUAUCUCGCUCGGUUAAUGUGGAGAGCGCCGGCCAUUCGCGGAAAGAACGAAGAUAGUCUCGAGCAACGCUCGCAUCAACGCGCAUCGGGCUCAACGAUGCUCACACAUGGAAACGUACUAGGUCCUCGUCGUAAUAUCGAAACCCGUCUUCAAUCAAGCGAUUAUCUGGCGAGUCGUUCUUAUCGAUUAUUAGCAUACGGUGUCCUUGAGCUCGCAAAGCAUGUGGUAACGAAGACGCGUGCGUUCAGCUGUUGUCGCGCUCGUUUCUGUUUCGCCGUCCCGAAGCGACCGUUUCACGGCUCCGUUCUGUCGGUGCCACUUAUACGUGUUCUUUUGUUCUUUUACAUAAUAUCUAUUAAUAGCGAGUGUCUCUCGAGUAAUUGUUCGCACAGACGUCGCUGUUCGGCCUUCUCCGCUCGAUACUGUGCGACGAGAAACAGAGAGAGAGAAAGAAAGAGAGAGAGAGAGAGCGAGAGAGAGAGAGAGAGAGUGUGCCGCUGGCUCCCGUCGUUACACCAAGUAUCGAUUGCGUCGUUGGAUCGUUCGCCUCGUUAUACGCUACAUUAGACCUGGUCACGCGCGUUACACGUCAACAAUGUUAGGAUUAUGAAUGCGUCGCAUUCAUGAAUCGAGCGCGCGAGCAUCGCGACCGGCGCGCGUCUAUGAUCCGUUUGUUGCGAAACUGGCGCAAUUUACAUAUCGGUAAUCUAGCGCAGCCGCGUUUUCCAUGGAUAUUAGAGCCGAGUUUACCGUAGUUUGAUCGACACACACUCGGUCCGUUCCGCAAUUGUCUCUGUACAAAGACGAGUAGAUUCAGCGGGGAGCCUAGCUUUUAAUUUCGACCGACGUUUGUGCGAGAGCCACAGUUUGAGAGCAAACUGAAUACAUCACGUUCAUUCAAACCGGUGUUUCGCUCGUUUCCGCCGCAUUUUGCGAUUUAACUCACGGCACUCGCCGUGAAAUAAGCGGCUCGCAUAACGCGCCGCGAUGAAACACGAUGAUCAUUCGUUUUCACAGAUUUAAUUAACAUUACAGCGGAGGUCGCAUUAUAAAACGGAUUUUACGGCGUGCGAUCACACCACUUUCGAUUUCCUCUCCGGCAGCCGACUUGAUCCCGACGUUUAAUCACUCGACUAAUCGCUCUCGGCGUCGCGGGCUUUUCAUCGCGAGACGAUUACCGCUGUCUGAACGUGCCGAAUUACGAAAGCUCACUCGAUCACUUGCGCACACUCGACUCGAACUAGUUCCGUUUCAUUUUUGUAAGAAAUGAAAGUUGACCACGAAAAUCGAUCGUAGAUUCUUUCCACAUGCAACAGAAGCGCAAAGCUGCAGCAAUAUCAGUCGGCGUGUCCAUCGUAGAAUUUUUAUAGACAAUACAGCGGGCAAUAGUGUAGACAAUAGAGGAUAGACUCGUUACAAUGAACACUUAAUGUCAACGAGCUCUGGGUCACACGUACAUAGGACAGGUUAAAUCCGCGAGAUACGUUUCGACGGAUCUCUCCCGAAAGAGACCUUUCCGUUGCAAUGUGGGUCGAGCAACCCUGCGUGCUCUCACUCCGGAUCGGCACGUUGCUUUAUCGCGGCACGUGAUGCUCGUGCCAAAGUCGCGCAAGCCAACCAGCCAGCCAGCCAGCCAACCACUCUCGCCACCCGCGGUAUUGUCUGCGCUCGCUCGCUCGCUCGCUCGGCCCUGUGCCGUUCUCUCCUCCGUGUACCUUCUUUCGAUAGUGAGAAACGACACUGCGAAGUGGAGAACCGAAUUGUGUCGUCCGCGGAAGUUCUCGCGUUUGCGGGGCGAAUCGGGAAGAGGUCGCGUUCGCGCACACGGACGACAAGCCCGGCCCCGAAAGAGCCUUGUCGAAGCUACUAUUUUCCCACUUUGCAGACGGAGCACGAACUCGAGGAGGGUUGCGCAUUCGCAUCUGGGAUCGUGUCGCAGCGGAGAUCUUCUAAUACGACGUUCACGAAGUAGUCGUCUAACGAUCUAGAAGUACGAAACGAGCGGAACGAUCGCCAGCAGGAAUCGCCGCGAACGAAUCGAGACUCCUCCAACACGUGUCUCUACUGUCCGCGCUGCUUUUGCGUCGUCGCUUUAAAUCCACGUGUGAUGAGUGUGUGCUUCUUUCUGUGCUGAGAUCCCGAGUGAUAGUCUGGGACCGGGACCCGGCGAACGCCGCAAGAGAAAACGAAAACAGAAAGAAAAGAAAGAGAAAGAGAAAAGUGUUUGUUGUUCGCGAUUGUCGCGCGCGAAAUCAUACGCUUGAGAGGUGUGUCGCCUGCCUGUUCACGCACGUACGGUAGAGUUUGAGGGUUGACGCCUUCAAACCGCAAUCGUACAAUAAUCCUGUCUUCCUCAAGGAUAAACGAACUCGAGCGAAGGAGGCACCGACAACCGGUCGCCAAGCGGACUCCCAUGAAAAUGUUACAGUCGUUGAACGCUCUGGCGGGUAAAAUCUCGCCAGGCUCGCCUACCGACAGCAACGCCAACAAGGUGCACAUGCAUAAUAACAACAACAAUAAUAACAACAACGUGGUGCACCACCACCAUCCGUACUCGAAGCAGCAGGUCCAACCGUCCCCAUCGCACUCAGCCAACGGUGACCAGAAGGAAAACACCGUAAUGAACAACAACAGCGUGGAGCAGCCAGAUCCGGACAACAUAAAGAUGUUCGUGGGUCAGGUACCUCACGACAUGGACGAGAACGACCUGAGGACGAUGUUCGAGGAGUACGGCCGAGUGCACCAGAUAAAUAUCCUGCGGGACAAGAUCACCGGCAGUCACAGGGGAUGUUGCUUCGUGACCUUUUACACCAGGAAGGCGGCGUUGGCGGCGCAAAACGCUCUCCACAACGUCAAGACCUUCAGCGGGAUGCGCCAUCCGAUCCAGAUGAAGCCCGCCGACAGCGAGAACCGGAACGAGCGCAAGCUGUUCGUCGGUAUGCUGUCGAAGAAGUUCACAGAGAACGACGUUAGGAACAUGUUCAGCGUCUACGGGAUGAUCGAGGAAUGCUCGGUGCUGAGGGACAGCACCGGGAAAAGUAAAGCCUGUGCCUUCGUUACCUUCGCUAGUAAGCAGUACGCUAUCAACGCCAUCAAAGCUCUGCAUCAUUCCCAGACAAUGGAGGGUUGCUCGUCGCCGCUAGUCGUGAAAUUCGCGGACACGCAAAAGGAAAAGGAUCAGAAAAGGAUGCAGCAAAUCCAGUCGAAUCUUUGGAACAUCGCGGGAGUCAACAUCACGCCGCAUUACCUGACCAACGAUACGCAUACGCUGGCGCCUGCGUCGCUGCAGCUGUUGCAGCAAUUGCAGGCGACGACGAGCGCCGCGACUCCGGUCGCUGCGAACACGGCGGGGGCGAAUGCACUGUCGAAUGUACAGCAUCAGUUGCUGCUGCAACAACACCUUGGCCUUGGUGCGGCAACACCUGCGCAUGCCGCGCCCCCCGCCGUACCGAGCCCGCCGGAAAUCAACCCCGCGAAUCUGCAAAGUCUGGCCACUCUCGCGUCCCUGAGCAAUACUGCUGGUGAGUAUGCGAAUGCGGGAGUAUCGCCGAUGAGUAUGCAGAACCUCGUCACCCUGGCAGCUAUGACCGGCGGAAACGGCAACCUCCAGGUGUCGCCAAACACGUUAAGCGGCCUGGCGAAUUCGACAGCAGGUAUGUCGCUAUCUGCUCUUCUGGGAAAAACAGGAAAUACAGGGUCUACCGGGGGCAGUCUCAGUCCUGUGACAUCCCUCACGCUCAACUCUUUGACGGGCACACCACUAAACGGGCUUCAAGACUCGCUAAGCAACGCUUAUUCCAGUUUGCAGCAAUAUGCAGGGUUCCCGGCGUUCACGGCGGCUGCGGCCGCUGCGGCGGCGGCGGCGCAGAAGACGAAGUUCAGCAACACGGACAAGCAGAUUGAGGGUCCCGAAGGUUGCAACCUCUUCAUCUACCACCUGCCGCAGGAAUUUAGCGACACGGACCUCAUUUCCACCUUCUUGCCGUUCGGCAACGUCAUAUCCGCCAAAGUUUUUAUAGAUAAGCAUACGCACAUGAGCAAGUGCUUCGGUUUCGUGUCAUACGACAACGCGUCGAGCGCGCAAGCGGCGAUCCAGACGAUGCACGGUUUCCAGAUCGGCAUGAAACGACUGAAGGUCCAGUUGAAACGGUCCAAGGACGCCUCCAAGCCGUACUAGCCGAUGUCACAGACCGUUCGUAGGUAGAUACCAAGGACUUCUCGGACACCUCGCCUCGGCUCGACGGCGUCCUUAAUCGGGGGCGGCGCUCGCGCGUACAAAUUAACAACCGCGUCGGUUGACACACGACUGUUCCGCUGUGCGGGAUCAUCUCGCGCAGGCUAGCUAAUAGGUCAUCUUUAGGUAUAUAGGCAAACGAAGAAAGUAUUCCACGAUGCUCUCUAGUCAAGCGAUAUUUUUCACGAAGGUAGCGCGAGCUAACGGGCUACGAUCGAGCGUCCUCUGGACGCCGAAGAGGAGACGUCUCGCCGUUCGACACCUUCGCCGUCCUAUCGAAACAAGGCUGUGAUAAUCCAGAAGACUCUCUUGUCCAUCGGACUGACUUUUUUUCCGAGGUGCAGGAACGUACUCUUUAUCCUUUUAACGUGUCGCUUGUGCGAACUGUCCCGCCGAACUGUCUUCACUUUCUUUUUACCUGCCGGUCCGCCCGUGUGUGAACUCGAGUACAUUUUUAAUCCAACGAUCUGUCUACUCCGCUCACGUCCGUGCCACGUCGCGUUCGUGUGUCGUAGUCACCGUCUGUUGACCCUUUUUAGUGUCGUAUUAAAUAUAUACAAGUCCCGACUGCUUUCUCUCUUCGACAAUCCAUUCCAGUAAUUUUAUGGACAGACAGGAUAGAAUUAACGAGUCAGUAUUAUUAUUUCAGGCAGCUCGCUCCCGUAGACUGUAGUGACCGAUUUCAGAGAUUAUGACAAUGGAAUCUAUUCCUAGCGCACGCUCGUAUCGACGAGAUAUAAUUAAUCGUGAUCGAGACCGCGAAAGCAACGAACGUCUAUGUAGCUCUAAGAAUCUCCGUGUACGACAGUAUAAAAGUUCCACCUAGAGUGACACAGUGGCGCUUAACGCGUUGAAUAAGAUAACGGAUGCAACUCGUGAUGCACCUCAAACAUGCAUUUCGAGAACGGGUUUUCUCGAACUCGUGACUAAAUUGCAACGAAUAUAGUCUCCUCCGAAAUAAAUAAUACGUGCAGCUUCCAAAGACUUUUCCGUUUACGCACUAAACUGCGCGACGAAUAAAAGCUUCUAGAGUUCAAGCUGAUCCGAAUCUCGGAUAAAAGCUCGUUACGUUCUCAGGAACGGGCUUCGGCGCGGCGCGAAUCUAGCGUUAAACGCGUUCAUUCGCUUCCGGAUUCAAUCUGUGUCGUACGCGAAGAACGUGUUCGAAUAUGAACGGUGCACGCUUGAAGAUUGAACAGCCACACGUUCGUCGCUAAACGCGCGACUCUCGUAAUACGGGUCUUUCUCACUUGCUCUCUCUUUCUCUGUCUGUCUCUUUUUCUCUGUCUCUCUUUCUCUUAAAUCGUAAUAUUCGCCCGUAUUAUCGCACGGUGUCGAGAACAUGUUCGUCUUUUCGAAUCUCGAAGGUGCAAAAUUCGCCGGCACGUUUCACGGCGAUGCAAUCAAACUACGUCUCGUUGUAAGGGCUGCCAGUAUAAAGCUUUCUGUGCUAACUUACUGUUGCACAAAGUGGAAUUACGUACGUGAAGUUCACUAACAUACGUAGCUUUUUCCCCCCUAGGAGAGUAAGAGUAGCUCGCUUUUGAAUUUUCACGCAGCGUUCUCAAGUCGUAUCUUGUAACUAUUUGACGAUUUGAUUUUUUCUUUCUGUUGUUUUCAUUUUUCCUGUAUUCUUUGUAACUUAUUUCUUUCUACUUCUCUAUCUAUCUCUAUUUCUUUGUCCCUCUACUAUCUUUAUUCUCUAUCUCAAUAACCACGUAUAGAGUUUGAGCCGGUAAUCGUACCGGCGGUAAAGAUACGAGCGAUGCACACAAGGACCUACCUCACUCAUUUGUAAUUAUACCAGCAGCUAUUAUGCCGCGCGUGUAUCCUUCGUUCACUGUUCGAGGCGCACAGAAUUCGAUACGGUCUCACGUGAUAAUAAUAUCACUAAGUCGAUGUAUUAUUAUCACAUAUUUUUUUUUUAAUUUAAUGGUUAAUCACACGCUACGACGCUUUAUUAGUUAGUAGUACUAACAUUGCUAUGUGAUUUUUGGGGUGGGGGGAGGGGGGAGGGGACGACGAAGCCGAUCGUCGCAAGCGAUGGGUAAGAUACGCCAAACGCUUUCGUAUAAAUGAAGUUAUAACGGUGAUUCGCGUCCACGAAGUUUAUUCCGCUAGUCGUGAUUAUACGGUUGUCGCGCGAUUAACGUUCUCGAACAAUCGACAAAGACAACGGCUUUCGACUACGGAACGACUGUUGCAGUUAUUCGCAUGCGAUUUGCAUUCGGAAACGGUUGGCGAAUUUCACCGAGCGCGUUGUAUCGGCAACGAGUUUCCACUGAUGCGCCGUCAAACACUUUGUUUCUCUUUCCUUGUGACUGUCUGUCAAGCUGAACAAAGUGGACGCUCGUUGCUGAAAAGGACGGUUCGGCAAACUACCUGUGUACACGAUGCACGGUGUCGUCGGUUUUGGAGGCCCCGCGAACGUCACCUUUGAUGUUCAAACUUUGACUGAUGGUCAAAGCGAUUCGGCGCGCUGUGCGCGCAAUUUUCUUAUCAAACGUGUAACUUUCGCGAUAACCGCUAACCGUUCAAGUGUUAACUCUACGCUUACGAUUGCGCGAAUUAUGUAACGAUUCACCAUUCUGUGUUAAAUUUUACCUUGCGCGCGAGGUGAAGCUUGACUAAUACAUUGGACAGUUUACUUGGGCUCUCUGCAGACUGUUGACGAAAUUAAUCAUUCUUUCGAGUUCUCUGUCUUGAGGAACACCGUGGCCACGCGAGUUUUCAUCAUCAACGAGUGAUAGUUCACAAGCAUUGUCAGUCUGCAGAGGCGUAUAGAACGGGUAUCUCGCGGGGCCCCAGUGGAACCAUCACCGCGCGCGUUUGCUCGGGGAUGAACCUUCAUAUUUGGUGUGUGGUGGUGACUAACCUGUCCGUGUGUUUGUUUGUGUGCCAGCAGGUGGCCUGUGACGUUGUGACCGUGUACUCUCAAUCGGAGUCGCCGUGCCAUGUCAGUCUCAGUCAGUCAAAUCGGUAUCGAUCGUUCGCUCGACCGGUCGAUCGAUCAGUUACGACUCCCCAGUCAGUCUCUCGAUCGAUUUAUCUGUGUCUGUCGGUGCCUGUACAAAGAACAACACCCGCCCAACACGCGCUCUCACUUCUACCGUAAGAUCCUCCACCCCGCCGACCUAUUCUUCUCACUCUCUCUCUCUCUUCGUCUCCUACCCUCGACCCUCUCGCGAGCCGUUAUCAUCUGUCCACGACGACGAGGUUGCGAAAUCGCUCCCGUUUCCCGCGAUCGCGCCGAGAGAAGAUCGUCGCCACGUCGAUCCACGAAAGUCACACGCCUCGUUCUCUCGAUCGCGGCUGCGUGCGCGAAACCCCCUGCGGACAAAUUCCCGUGGACGGCCGUCGGACUCGCGGAAGAAUUCACGCGGACGCCGAAGGUGUGUGGAAAUUCGCGACCGAAAAAAUUGCUGCGCGCAUGCAGAGGAACACGACGAAGAGAAAACGCCAGGGAAGCGGAACGAGAGGCGGAAGGCGAUGCACCGACGACCGAGCUGGGUUCCUCGAACGAAGCUAAAACGCGCUAUGUUAACCGUCUGUCUAUCCCACGGUCCUGUGUAUAUACAGAUAUAUAAAUAUAUUAUAUGUAUAUAUACGCACAUAUAUGUGCACGUGUGUAUGUAUGUGUGUGUGCGUGCAUGCGUGCCUGUGGGUAUGUGCGAAUGUACGCGCGUGUGUCGAGAGCGUGACGAGGAUUCUCGUAGCUAACUGGCAAUGAGCGACACUCUUCGUCUUACGCGGUCUUCACGACGAAACAGGACAAAAGGACAAGAAACGUGCGGCACGUGCCGCGAACCGUAUGCGAAAAGUUUCUUAUACAUAACUAUACAUAAACAUAGGUAUACAUACAUGUUCAUAAAUCGAAUUAUCGACUGAAAACUAUUUUUAUCGGCUCUAUUGUCGGGAUCGCUGUCGGCGCCUCGGCGCUUGUUUAUAUAUAUAAAUAAACGUGCAGACGCACACACACACGCAUGUGAGUCGCGACGAAUUGAUAUCGAUAUGGAUAUGAGUGCGUGUGUGCGCGUGUCUAUCUGUCUGUCUGUCUGUGUGAAGGGACGCGGGAGACGGAGGCUGGAAAUGGAAACGUGAAAGGACGAACAAUGAUCGUGCGGGACCGGCGCGCGUGCGAUUUCUUAGGCUUAGAUCGUGCAAACAUACCAAAAACGGAACGGAUACAAAGAAACAAAACAAAACCGGUUGCGGAGAAGCCGGAGUAUAAGAGACAUUUUGUAAUAAUGACUUUGUGAUAAGAUUGUAUCGUAUAGGAACCGAGAAGGAUAUGCGGGGCCGCUUUCCGAUCCCGUAAAGGGCGAAAUUUACCGAGCGAAAUCACCACGUUCGAUCGCUCAAGAUUAACGCGAAUCGAACGCGUUCGAUACCAUCGCCGUCAAAAACACUGCGAACGUAGACAAGUACGCGAGACGCGGUGAAUUUUUAAACGAAUUUUACCGUCGGCUGAAUUUCUCGACCGCGCACUCACAUCGUCUUCUUCGUCAGGUUCGCGAGUUGCAUCUUGUGCGAACUGGAGUGACGUUAGCCAGAGUUAAGAGUAGGAUCGAUCGUACAAGCUGGUUGGAUUGACACGACGAGCUGAAAGUCUCCACACACCGACGCGCACGGUCAAAAGAAAUCAGAAUAUCGUGGAACGAUAUGCCAUGACGUGUGAAAACAUCGAAAUUAAUUUUUAGAUUUAUUAAAAGUACUUAUGACACCGGCUCAGGUCAAUUUAUUCGGUAAAUUGUUAAUUAGACGAAUGUUUAAGGACACAACAAGUCCCGUCGGAUCGGUUCGUGGAGACUUGGCAUCGCGCUAAUGUAAUCUAACAACGUACUUCUUCACACCUGAGAUCUAUCUUCGCUUUAUUUUGAUUAACAAUCACAAUAUUCGUUAUAUUCUACGUUCGAGAUGAAACAAACGUAUCGGUAUUUACGUUGCGAGCAAAUAGAUAUAGACGUUUUAUUUUUGAAGAUGCGAAGAAGACGCAAGUGACGAAAUUUCAGAGCGUCGCGUGGAUGUUUUCGAAGUAACACGAUAAGACGUUUACGACGUUCGUUGAACGUUUUCCCUCCGGAAGUUUCCUCAGCCCGGGAGUUUUCCGAACAACAAAGACGCGAAUUACAAGCUGAAAUAACGGGUGGGAAUCGAAGACGUAUUUUACGCAGCAGCUUCCUUCCGACGUUCCUCAAGAAACCUUCGUGCUGUCUUUUUUCAUGACAUUGUCAUGAUGCCUUUUCAUGAUCAUUGUCCACACACACCUCAAGUUUCGACAUAAUACAUAUCCUCCCAUUCCUCGUUUUUUCUCGCGUAUUGUCAAUAUUGGACAAAGCAAAUUUGCGUGUAUUUGAUUAUUGAAUGGCAAUUACGUUCUUUUAAAAAUGGAAUAGUUUAUUGUGGUCGUUUUUAUGUUUUUAUAUUUAGGGUAUUUGGAAGUGAUCUCGGAAUUCUUAAAUGUAAAAUAGAUACGAUAUCGUUGAAAAAGAACAACAAUUAAUUAUUGUUGAUUUGUCAUUCGAAAAUGAUGUUUCUUCGGGAUACCGAGAUAUAUCAAUUUUGCUCGCUUUGUCAUUAUUAAAUGCUAUUCCACGGUUAAAUUUACGUGAUCUUGCUUUGCCACCAACAACAUUAACAUGCACACGUGCGUCAGACCAAAUGAAUGGAGCAACCGGUGUCGUUGCGAAUAAAAUUCUCACGAACAAACAAGCUUUACCCGACACUUGCGAUCGUCUUGGAUGAGCAGGGGAGACGUCGCGCUCCGUGCAAGUUACCAAAGAUGUGUCUUUAAUUAAUUGAUGUACUUACACAACAACGCUAACGACUAAUCCUCCACGUUGAUGUUGAGCGUCUGCGCAUGAAGCAAAACUAAAUCUAUGUGUAGAAUACUGUUAUUUCAUAUAUAACGACUAACGAUAUAACAAACGAUUUAAAAAACAGCAAAUAAAAUCGAGUUUUCGACCAUACGAAUACAGAUUUUGACGCAAAUGUCAGACUUGGUGUUCAAGAGAUAGUAUUGCGGAUUAAUCGUUGCGUUAAUUAUUUAAGCACAGAAUCCAUACGUGCAAACAACUGUCAGGCACAUAAAUGAUGUAACUCAAAAUUAUGCGUAAAAUAUCAAAUCUUUUAAAAGUAUUACAGUAUUCAACACAUAGACUACAUAUGCGUAAACGAUCAACGUCAACGAGCCACACAUGUUAAGUCGGUCGACUAACAAUAGCAAAACGAGCACGCGUACACGUUAGUCUUGUGCGUAUACAAAUAGAGCCUAGUCACAAAUAUCGUUAACAAUCGAAGAGUCGUUUCUAUGUUCGUGUCAUUCUUAUCAUCGUCCUCAGCACGUGCUGACGUUACUGUUAGUGCUGCUACGUUUAUCAUAUGUGGCUAUUAUUAUUAUUAUCACUAUGUUCAUCUUUAACUAGUUUAUACUUGUUGCUCUAAUUUUUGAUUGCUAUUAUUAUUAGAAUUAUUAUUAUUGCUAUUAUAAUUCGUACCUAUAGUUAUUUUAUUUUAUAUUAUUAUUCUUAGUAUUAUUACUAGUUAGUACUCUAUGAUGGCGAAUGAUGGCAUCGUUGGCAAUUAUUAUUACUAUUAUGACCAUUACUUCUAUUACUUUUAUAUGUGUAUUAUUGCACUUUGCGCGACAGCGAUCGCGAUUAUCGUCUGUUACUGUUACCGAUAUCGAUCGCUCGACUUUAAUUUAGCGAUGCCUCGAUGGCAGACUAUCAGUGUAAAUUAGGACCAGGUCAACCGGGUACUUUUAUCUUUGUUCUUAUAGUACACUGCGUGCGAACGAGUGGUUUCUUUCGCCAUUAAAUAACACGAGUCGCGUAUCUGCGCGCAAUCAUUACACGGUCAAAUAAGGAUCACUCUCUGAGACGGUCGUUUCUUAAACGAAGCACAUUAGAGCGGGACAAUGUACUUACGACGUUAACAAUUUGUUUCGUGUUUGCUCGCGCAUUAGCUAUUCCAAAAAUUGGAUCAAACUGAUUGACAAGAGCAAACUGAGACAUUUGAGAUCUCCUCUCUAGCGUUAAGAUAGCUACCAACAUUGACAAAGGUUGACGAAAAAUGUUACAAGAUACCGUCGUUUUUCUUUUAAGAGACAUACAUUGAAAACUUCUUGCGCGUAUGUCUCAAUUUCUUGCGAAGCAAAAAUGAAGAGGAGCACUUCUCAUGAUACAUUCUUACUGUAUGAAUCGUUCUCAAUUCUCUUAUGCAACCGGAAAAUAUGAAUUUUUAAUUUUGCCUUGCUUACGUUAUACCACACAUUUAUAGCGUGAAACGCGUUAUUAUGAUGUAACUAAUACUUAGGUAAUCCCGCCGCACUUUAGUGGUAUAAGUUUCGAUUUCCUUUCCUCUUGCUUUCUCGCAACACGAACCGACCGACUCGGUGAUCCUGUUCGACCGACGUUUCAAUGGCACGGUCGUCACGAAAUUAUUAUUUUUAUGUUCGCGCAACCCAAAUUUGUCGAUAGAUUAUAUUUCUGUUUUUACAUGUUUCAGUUAUUAUAGUCGUAAGACUACUCUGUUACCGUCGAGUACACCGUCUUAGCGUCGUUCAUCUGUCGUGCUUCUUUAUUUUUCGUUUUCUUACAUGCUAGAAAUCGAAUUUGUUCUUUUUCUUUAGUUUUGUUCGUCCACCGCGUUUCUCUCCUCUAGUGUAUAAAUUGUAUGCCGCUUAUUUUUAUUAUUAGAGAAUGGGAUGCGCCCCGAUCGGAGCUUUCGAGAUGACGAAUCGUGUUGAGUCGAAUGCACAUUUGUUCUUAGUUUUAGCACGUUGGGUGUUGGUUGCUAUUCGCUAGUUUGCAUGUAAACUUUGCUUAGUAUUAUAUAUUUUAAUUUUAUAGAAGAAAUGUGACACGUAGGACAGAACCGGCCGAAGUUAACGAUUGAUUGAUUUGAUGAAAUGAACGCAAACUCGAUGCCGUCAAAAGCCAGAAUUUGAUAUUGACAAACACGCUCGUGUCGAAAGCAUCAAAAUUCCGUCAGUAUCAAAUAUCACAUGUAUAAUUUUGCCUCCAGCACUCAACAUGUUAAAUAUUCUUAAUUUAAACGUUGCAAAUAGCGCGAUGUCCAGUAAUGCUGCAACAAUGACAUGGGGCUAUUUGCGUGUUAUACGUGUGAAAUGUUUAAUUUAUCAGAGCGUGAGACCAAGGAUGACAUUUUUAUGAAUUUACAGCUUGCACGUUCAGACCAUUUACUGAUAACUUGUUACGUUACGUGUUAAGUUUCUGUUCCAAGUGUCUACUGCCGACGUAUUUGAGUCGCGUAUCAUCGAGAUGCUCCGAGAGACACGGUCGAUCCCACUCUUUUAAUAAAACCGAUUCGGUUCUCAGCGAUCGAAGGAUAGAUAAUGCGAAUAGAGUAUCGAGACUUAUCGUUGUGGUUACCCUUCACGUGUGUAUUGCGACGGCUUUUUAUGCGCACGCGCACGCGUGUGUACGGGCAUUAAUUGUGUUUUUGUAUGUAUGUACCUCUGUCACGUACGGACGUAUACAUAUGAUGUAAUAAAUGUCUGCGUGAGCGAUACCGUUGAUCGCCGGAGUGUCGUCGCGUUUAACGUCGCGCUCAACGUCGCGCUCUGCGUUUAUUCUUGAUUCUCUACCCUUUUUUCUUUUCUUCUUUUUAGUACUCUCGUACUCUUUUUUUUUUUCUUUUGUUCAAUUACCGUAACCACUUUUCGGCUUUGAACGGUUGACGGAGAAAUCGCGGAGAUCAUGUUAGCGUAUCGUUGAAUAUACUUAUAUUUUUCUUUUCUGUUCUACUUCGUCUACAACGCGGUCAGCAUGUGACGUAUGUUGAAAAUAACAAUACAUAUAUUUAUUUUGUUGUUUUAA